UUAUAUUUUAAUAACACUCUGUUUGCAUACUGCCACCCUGAUAAGGUCACGGAACAAACAUACACAUGCUGUUAUUCCUGUUGCAUCGCACAAAGCCUGAUCUUCCAUUUCUUUCUCCUUUCCUUUCCAUUUUUCAUCUGAAAGAUCAAGAAAAACAAAAUCUGCCUAAUAACACAUUUUUAGAAAAAGAGAAAGAAAGAAAAAGCACUACUAAGCCGUGUGGCCAGGAUGGGGCUGGCCAGCUCUAAGCAUUCCAAAGCCAAGCAAGCCCAGAUCCUAAUGCUUGGACUCGAUUCAGCGGGGAAAUCAACGCUUUUGUACAAGAUGAAGUUCAAUGACGUCUUCCUAACGAUGCCAACAGUUGGUUUCAACGUGGAGAUGAUUGAAACAGGAGGAAAUAUUGCCUUAACAGUUUGGGAUGUUGGAGGACAGCACAAAAUGAGAACAGUAUGGGGCAACUAUUUGGAAAACACAGACUGCCUGGUCUACGUUGUGGACAGCACCAACGGGCAACGCUUGGAUGAGUCGAAGAGAGAACUGGAGCUAAUCUUAAGGAAUGAAAGGGUAAAGAACGUGCCUGUGAUUGUCCUAGCAAACAAACAGGAUCUCCCUGGAGCUUUGGAUGCUGAGGAAAUCACCAGGAGAUUUAACAUGAAGAAACACUGUCAUGACCGGAACUGGUAUGUACAGCCCUGCUGUGCUCUUACAGGGGAAGGCCUUCCUGAAGCUGUCCAGAAACUAACAUCAUUUGCCAAAUCCUGUGUGAAAUCUAAACAAGAAGCUUUUAAGAUUUUCAAACCAGAUUAAUUUAUUUCCUUCUAACCAAGGUAUAUUGGGUUUGGGUACAAACCAGUCUUUUAACUGAGCAUCUGACUUUUCAGGAUGGGGCGUAAAAAGGAAUGUAUUUACAGCAGGCCAGGUACUGUUUCACUUCUUUGUAUUACUCUCCAGAAAUAUUACUUUGCUGUAUUUGAAUAAUACAAUAGAACAGUGGGAGUUUUGAACUUGAAUACCGACAAAGCUAUAUAAAGAACAGAUUCACCUGUGUUCUUAAAUUAUGAUAUAUCUGGUAUCCAUUUUAUAUCCAACAGGGUAACUAUAGCAUCCAAAGAAAACUACAGCAUAAUUCAUAAGUAAAUGACUGGAGAUAGUUUGGAUGCAGUCCCUUUUACUGCAAAUGUAUGCACAUGGAAAUUCAUUCAGCAUUCCGCUCUGAUGGCAAAAUUUAUGUCAGCAGAUCUGCCUACAAGAAAAGCAUAAUGCCAACACGUAUAACAUUAGUAUGUCUGCAAAUAAUCGCAAAAUCUAUAUAACAUUUGUUAAAAACUAA